CACAUCAUUAUUACACGUCACAUAAUCCCAAACCCGACCAACGGACCAAGUAAGAAGCGAGAAGAAGAGCAGGCUAGGGUUUCUCCCCAGCUCCACCACCCUCUCCGCCAUGGACGCGCAGCGAGCUCUCCUCGACGAGCUCAUGGGCACAGCCCGCAACCUGACGGAGGAGGAGAGGAAAGGGCACAGGGAGGUGAAGUGGGACGAUCCCGAUGUCUGCGGGCCCUUCAUGGUCCGCUUCUGCCCCCACGACCUCUUCGUCAACACCAAGAGCAACCUCGGGCCUUGCUUGAAGAUCCAUGAUUCCAAGCUCAAGGAGAGCUUUGAGAGUUCUCCAAGGCAUGAUGCUUAUUUGCGAAGGUUUGAAACAGAGCUUGCUCAAAAGUGUGAAAAAUUGGUAACGGAUUUGGAUAGAAAAAUAAAGCGCGGCCGAGAUCGGUUGUCGCAAGAUACUAUUGUGUCGCCUCCCAUCCCUGGGAAAACAUCUGAGCAGCUGGCAGUGCUAGAAGAAAAUAUCAAAAAGCUGUUGGAGCAGAUUGAGGUGCUUGGUGAGGCUUGUAAAGUGGAUGAAGCUGAGGCACUUAUGAGGAAGGUUGACCUUCUAAAUGCUGAGAAGACAGCUUUAACUAGCAAAGCAGAUCACAAAAUGCUCAUGGUCCAAGAGAAGAAGAUGGAACUUUGUGAAAUAUGUGGCUCAUUUUUAGUAUCCGAUGAUGUUCUCGAGAGGACUCAGUCCCAUUUGACUGGGAAACAGCAUAUUGGUUACGGUUUAGUGAGAGAUUUUCUGGCUGAAUGCAAGGCGUCAAAAGAAAACGAGAGGCUUGCAAGGGAGAAGAAAUCAGAGGAGCGCAGGAAACCGAGGGAAAAAGAGUGCGAUAAUGGGGGCAGGGAGGGUGAUACCAAAAGAGAGAAAUCUGGGGAGCGUCACUACGACCGUGAUCUUUACUAUGAACGAAGCCGUGAAAGAGAAAGACCAUAUGAUCAUAGGGAGAGAGGAUCACAGUAUAGGAGCAGUUCCUACAGAAGUGGUAGGGAUUCCGAAAGAGACAGACAUAGACAUAGGAGUAGUGAUAUGACAAAGGGCCAAGGGAGAAUGAGGAGCAGAUCACGUUCCCCAGUCAGGCGUGGCUAUGAAAGGUCAAGGAGUCCACAUAAUUAACUGAACAUGUAGAUAGGUCUUUUGCAGUUGAGAUUCAUGAGCAGCUCGGUUGGAACCUGCAUCCUCCCUUUUAGAAGGAAAAAAAAAUCUCAGGUAGGUAAAGGAUCUUCUUUCUACAAUUAUUGUCUGAUAAAGAUGAAGUUAGUAAGAUAGCACUGGUAUUGGACCACCAAUCAGGAUGCAGUUGUUUUCAGCCUAUAACAGGUAAAACUGUGAUAAUUAGUGUUUCAUGUUAUAUAAACCUAAUUGAAGUGAAUAUUACUGUUGUUCUUUUCCGUUUCAUGCAUAAUUUUCUUGCUGGAACUCAUUUUUGAUCUGGUUCAGUGUUGGAGGUUUGUGCCAGUAUUAACCCCAACAGCCAACUUUAACAUAGCCAUGGAUCCGUCAAUUUCUGGAACAUUUAUUCAAGUGUCUGUUUAUAUAAUUGGGAAGUAUUAUGGAACAAUGCCCUCUUCUGAAAGAACAAUUGCGAAGGAAAAACACCAGGGUCCAAUGCUAGUAACUCAUUGUUUUAUUUGUAGAAUCAUUAAAAAAGGUGUAUGGAACCUGUUUCAUCCAACGUUUAAUCUGCCCCUGUUUCUUUGCGGUUCUCUACAACCCGGCCUCUGGACAAAUGAUCUUUCAUUAUUGACUUUGGAGAUAACAUAUUUUAAACCAAAUUACCACAAUGGAAUAUACCUAAGCUGGACGAUCUGUUUGUACUAUGUCUUACGUGCCAUUUGUAGGAGCCACAUCGACGUUUUUGGAACUGAUGCUUCAGUGCUUCUCAAACAUGCAAACAUCUUCAGUGGACGGCAUCUCCGAACUAAUGCUAUGGCUUUAUGAUGUUUAUUUUUUUCAUGUACUAUCGUGCUUCUGGAAUAGUUGUAUGCCAAGCGAGAACAAGGUCGCAUUAUGUUUUGUGACAUUUGUAGUGUUACACCGUAUGUCUGUUAGUCACUCUGAUCGUGAGACACGCCACUUCAUUAUUAGUAUGACUCAGUUCUGGUGUUUUGAGCCUCUGGUUGACAGUGCAAAAAUAAUAAUUGCUGAGUUUUUUCGUCAAAA